UGCUCAUCCUGCAUGCAUCACGUUGCAGCCUGUGUGCGUCCAGACGCCGCCGCCUGUGGACGCGCCUGUCAUCUGGAGGAAACUCCUCCCCGCAGACAGCGCGUCCCGUCGCCUUUUCCAGCGCAAUGGUCUCCUGGAUCAUCUCUAGACUUGUGGUACUUGUUUUUGGUACACUAUAUCCGGCAUACUCAUCUUAUAAGGCUGUGAAGACAAAAGAUGUGAGAGAAUACGUGAAAUGGAUGAUGUACUGGAUAAUAUUUGCUCUUUUUACCACGGUGGAGGUGUUUACAGAUAUGUUUCUUUGUUGGCUUCCGUUCUACUAUGAACUGAAGAUAGCCUUUGUGGUGUGGCUCCUGUCCCCUUACACCAAAGGCUCCAGUGUGAUGUACAGGAAGUUUGUCCAUCCCACGCUUUCCUCAAAAGAAAAGGACAUCGAUGAGUACAUCUGCCAAGCAAAAGACAAAAGCUAUGACACAUUGGUGCAUUUUGGGAGGAAAGGACUGAAUGUUGCAGCCACAGCUGCAGUUAUGGCUGCUGCAAAGGGUCAAGGUGUUCUGUCAGAUAGAUUACGGAGUUUCAGCAUGCAGGAUCUGUCGUCCUACCAGUCUGACCCAGUUCAGACCGGACCCAGCGCCGCCCAGCCCACCACAGCUCAACACCGAACCAGACCCAUCAUCCGUAGCAAGUCAGAGAGCUACAAGGAUUUUGACAUGAAUGAGUAUGAGGUGCUGGGGUUGGAGCAGUUGGACUCUGCAGAGUUUCUACCCCAAACAACGCCAACCUCCGAGUCUAGGUCCACAUCUGUUACACCAUCUGUGACGCCCCAGUCCAGCCCACUCUCCACACCCACUCCACCUGCUACUCCUGCAGCUCAGGAGCAAUCCGAGGAAGGUCUGGGGAAUGAGGGUCUGGGGAAUGAGAUGCGUGCCAUGUCCAGCUCUCCACAGCUCCGGAUGAGUAAGAGGAAAGCUCCGGAGGUAUGCAGCCUGCCUCCUCUUAGAGUCCUGCGGCCUCUCACAAGAUCCAGGAGUGCUCUUUCUUCAAACAAUGAAGCCAUGUGAAGCUGUCCUUGCAUCUCCUCCAGCUGCCUGUGCUGCAACGUGUGAAAAUACUGAAUGGCAAGAAGCUCCACGACUGAAGCAGCCCUGCUUUGGAACGCCGUAUUACCAAAGUGACCUAUGAAGAUCCCAAAUUUGCAGUAUAUAACCCCUGUAGUUCAUGAUGUUAAGAGAAAUGAGGUUUGGUCAGAUGAGUGAAUGUGCUCCAUGCUGACAGACACUAAAUAUGUAUUUAUGUACAGUUUGUGAAUUUGUUCUAAUGCUUUGGUUGUUUUUAUAUAUUGGAGAUGGUUGCAUGUGUAUUCCUCUUAAUUGGUCUUAGUGUUUCUGAAGCAGAAUGUACUUUAGAGGAAAUCAUCACAGGGGCAGAGAAGGUUCUCGAGUCGAGGACUGAAACAAGAGCUGAGGCUGUUUUUUGUUUUAAUUUUCAUCGUCCACCUAUCAGACGUUUACCUCUAUCUCUGUGGGCCUUAAAGAAACAAACACCCAACAUUAUUUGCACUAUGUCAGUAAUUUACAUCACUGCCCUCAGACAAAGCUGUGGCCCAGUUUUCUUAUCCAGAUUUUUUUUAAGGGUUUGAUUUCUUCUGUAAUCACAACUAAAUGUCAGAAAUUAAUCACUACAAUCAGUUCAGUUUCUGAAGACUUAAUCCUUUGUAAAGACCUUAUGGCUGAAAAUUCAUAAAAGACACAAAUUGCAUUAUUUUUCAGAGUUUAAAAUCCCCGAUUGAUGUUAACUGAGCAUCUCUAUGGGCUCUCGUUGCUCCUCCUGAUAACCUGAGCCGCUGUGUUGGUUAACAGCUCAUGUUGAUGUCUUUUUCUUGUACUUUAGUCACUGAGCCUGAACCUGACUUUCACUGUGUUAGUGUGCAGUAAUUUUACAUGGUUGCAUCUGUAUCAUUACAGUGGUUAAAGUAAAAAACAAAAACUGAAGCUUCUCAGGUACAACUGUUCUGUUUACAUCCAUUCACUCUGAUAUUGUAGAUACACUUAUUAUGCACAUUAAACUCUUCUUUCAGUGGAUUAAAUUGUGGGAAAGAAGCAGGGUGUUUCUGAUGAUGUGUCAGUGUUGUCAGUGUUGGAGGUGAUUUGCAUACAUUAAAUUUAAUGCCCAAGCUG